AUGGUCAUCUCAACAUUCGCCAAGCAAGGCAACGUAGCCAAGGCGGAGCACUGGCUAAGGGAGAUGCCCAAGCUUGGCCUAGAGGCGGACAUCAUGAGCUACAAUGCUGUGAUCGACGCUUGCGCCCAGGCCGGGGACAUCGCCCGAGCUGAGCGCUGGCUUCAGAAGCUUCGCGAGGGCCCCCGCCCCAACAUCGUGAGCUUCAGCUCGGUCCUCCAUGCCUGCGCAAAGGCAGGCGACGCGGAUCGCGCAGAGCAGUGGCUCCAUCGAAUGAAAAUGGAAGACGGCUUGACGCCCAACGUCAUCUGCUACAAUUCUGUAAUUCAUGCAUGCUGCCGAAAAGGCGAAGCCCGGCGGGCCGAGGACUGGCUGAUGCGCCUUCAGGAGGGCGGUGUCCAGCCAACUGUGAGCAGCUAUGGCGCCAUCAUCGACUAUCACGCCAAAGCCGGUGAAACUGCCCCAGCAGAGGCCUGGAUUGCUCGCAUGGAAGCCGCUGGCGUGAAGGCGGAUGUGGCAAGCUACAACAUGAUCCUGUCGGCUCACUGCAGAUCCAGGACCAUGAAAGGUGCUGAGAAGUUCUUGCAGACGCUGCAUUCCAAACAAGCGCCAGUGAACACAAGCACUUUGAACUUGAUGAUCGGUGGCUAUGCUCGCCUAGGGGACACAAGUGGCGCCAUUGCUUGCCUGCGCAGUUUCAAGGAGAGGGCCGUGAGCGCGGACAGUAUGACCUGGAAGUUGAUGGUGAAGGCUGUCACGGAGGGAAGUAGCUCUGCUGCUAUCCAGCUGCUCGAGGCCCUUAGCGCCGAGGGUUUUGCGCCGGAGCUCGCCUGCUUCAACGCCAUCCUGGCACAUUUUGCCGCCAAGAAGGAUGUGGCCAGUGCGGAGAGAUGCAUGCAGAGCCUUAUCAAAGCCGGGCUUAAACCGGAUGCUGCGAGCUUUUCUGCAAUGCUGCAAGCAUGUGCCGGGGCCGGCGAUGCUCUUCGUGGCGAGCAUUGGCUCUGUCAAAUGGUGGCCGAGGGCUUAGAAGCCCACGCUUCGGUGAUCGGCCAGUUCUUUCAUGGCCUCAGUAAGCUCGGUGACGUGCAGCGCCUGGAGCGGCUUUUGCAGAAGUACAAGCUGGGGGGCGGCGAGCCCAUUAGCAGCAUGUACAACGCGCUCAUCAGCGCACACGCCAAGCGCGGCGACGUCGAGCAAGCCCAGAAAUGGUUUCAGGAGAUGGUGGAAGUUGGUCAUGGUGAUGUGGCGAGCUUCUCAGCCCUCGUCCACGCGUGCGCCCGAUCCAAUCAACUAAAGCGCGCCGAAGGUUGGAUCGAGAGGAUGGAGCAGUCCGGCGUCCAAGCGAAUGUGGCUGGGCUGUGGAGGGAGUUGCAGGGCUUCUACGGGGGAUAUACAGUGGUGACCUACAACAGCAUGAUCAACGCCUGUGCGCGAUGUGCCAAUGCAGCCAAUGGCUUGCAGCCCGUACUUGUCACCUACAACUCCCUCAUCAACGCCUUUGUGAAAGCCGGUCGGCACGCCCGUGCGGAAGAGUAUCUCUCCAUCAUGGGCAAGAAUCGCAUUCAGCCUGAUGCAGUUACCUACAGUACCCUGAUCCAUGCCUGGGUGAGUGCGCGCGAUCCCGCGCGAGCUGAGAUGUGGCUGAAGAGAAUGAUUGCGGAAUGCCCAGCAACAUGGUCUCCAUGGUGA